CUCAAACAUUUCCUCCAAUACCCCAAGAAUCAAUCUUUGAAGCUCUAAAGCUGCGAUUCCCAGUCCUGCAAGCAAUCAUGUCUACGAACCCCGUUUUCAAGUCCGGCAACAUCGCUGUAAUCACUGGUGGGGCUUCAGGAAUUGGCCUGGCCCUGUCGACAAAGUGUGCCGGCUAUGGUAUGAAGGUUGUGAUGGUAGACAACAAUGGCUCCAACCUCUCGUCGGCGAAGAGUGCUAUCAAAGGGGACGUUGACACUGUGGAGAUGGAUGUCACCAAAAUUGAGGACUUCGAGAAGCUGAAAUCAAAAAUUGCUAAAGAUUAUGGAGGCAAGAUCGACCUCCUGGUCCUGAAUGCAGGAAUAGGUGGGCGCGGUACCUGGGAAGACACAUCCUAUUUCCACAAAAUCCUCGACGUGAACUUGUUCGGGGUUAUACACGGUCUCAAUACCCUGCUCCCCUUAGUUACAGCAUCAUCUUCGGCCUCCAGCCCCGCCAGUAUAAUAAUCACAGGAUCGAAACAAGGUAUUACGAACCCGCCGGGCAAUCCGGCAUAUAAUGCUUCCAAGGCCGCGGUAAAGGCGCUCGCGGAGCACCUCUCCUUCGACCUCUCGAAAUCAUCUCCGACGACCAGCGUGCACUUGCUAGUACCCGGCUGGACAUUCACAGGCCUUUCAGGCAAUGCUCCCUUUGCGACUGGGGCAGAGAAGAAGGAGAAGCCCGCCGGAGCAUGGAGUCCGGAGCAAGUUGUCGAUUAUCUUGAAGAGAAAAUGGAACAGGGGAAGUUUUAUAUCAUAUGUCCCGAUAACGAUGUCACGGAGGAGACCGAUAAGAAGAGGAUGCUUUGGAGUGCGAACGAUAUUGUACAAGGGCGACCGCCGUUGACAAGAUGGCGUGAAGACUAUGCAGCGGAGGCUGAGGAGUGGAUGGCCAAGCAGAAAAUCUGAACGAGGAGCAAGUCAAGACGAAGACGCAAUUCUCAAAACCGGACUAAAAAACAAAGCCUGAAAAAGACUUUUCCUCCAUUCCCCUAAUUUGACAUAGUACAUACUCAUGAUGAGUCCAGGCCUGAAACUCCCCCAUUCGCCAAUGAGCCAGUGAUGUGAUUAUCUACUAUGUCCUUGGUUUGGUCCCAACAAUGAGAUUGACGCUCUCCCGCACAGUAUCAC